AUUGGCUAAGUUAGAUUUGCUGAGCCUGCGGCUGGCCGAGGCCAGAGUUGCCCGGUCUGCAGCCGGCAAGCGCGGCUGUGCGGUCCGGAAAGACCUAGCGAGAUCGCUGCGCAGAGGCCGAGGGCUGGGAGAACAGGGGCGGCGGCGGGUCUGCCCGCUUGGUCCACCAUCAGCAGUGCCUGCACUUUCCCAAGAACAGCAGAAAAUGAGUAGAUCAAAGGGUCCACUGUCAUUCAAGGAUGUGGCUGUGGCCUUUACCCAGGAGGAGUGGCGGCAGCUGGGCUCUGAGGAGAAGACGACAUACAGGGAUGUGAUGCUGGAGAACUAUAGCAACCUCAUCUCCGUGGGGUAUGACGUUACCAAGCCAAAUGUGAUUAUUAAGUUGGAGCAGGGAGAAGAACCAUGGAUGAUGGAAGUCGACUGCCCUGCUCAGAGUCGUUUGGGAAUCAGUAAAGUUGAUGAUACCACAGAGAAAAUCCAGGAAAAUGAAGGCAAACAUAUGAGGCAAGCUGAUGAUCUCAACAGCCGAAGAGCAGAGAAGGGGGAUGCAUCUGGUGAAAUGUAUGACCUAGAAUCACACCUCAUUUCUUCAAGCACAGUAUCUCACAGAUGUGUCUCCUGUGGGAAGACUUUGGAAUCUAUUUCAGCAUUAAUUAGUAGUGAUGGAAGGUAUGCAGUAGAGAAGCCCAACAAGUGUAUUGAUUGUGGGAAAACAUACAGAGAGAAACUGGAUGACUUUAAUGAAAAUGGGGAUACUUCUUCUCGACAUGAUGAAAGUAUUCUGCAGAAAAUUACCAUUUUGGAGAAACCCUUUGAUUAUGAGUGCAUAGAAGCCUUAGACAGUGAAACUGUUUUCAUGGCUCAUGAGAGAGCUUAUAUGACGGAGAAGCCCUAUGAAUGGGAUGACUCUGGACCAGACUUCAUCCAGAUGUCAGAUUUCAGUGCAUAUCAGAGAUCACAGCUGGAAAUGAAGCCCUUCGAAUGUAUACAGUGUGGGAAGUCCUUCUGUAAAAAGUCUAAAUUCAUCAUACAUCAGAGAGCUCACACAGGAGAGAAACCAUAUGCAUGCAAUGUGUGUGGAAAGUCUUUUAGUCAAAAGGGAACCCUCACUGUCCAUCGGAGAUCACACUUAGAGGAGAAACCCUAUAAGUGUAAUGAAUGCGGGAAAACCUUCUGUCAGAAGUUACAUCUCACACAACAUCUGAGAACUCAUUCAGGAGAAAAGCCCUAUGAAUGUAUUGAGUGUGGGAAAACUUUCUGCCAAAAGACACACCUCACUCUACACCAGAGAAAUCAUUCCGGGGAGAGGCCCUACCCAUGUAAUGAAUGUGGGAAAUCCUUCUCCCGGAAGUCUGCCCUCAACGACCAUCAGAGAACACACACAGGAGAAAAGCUUUAUAAGUGUAAUGAGUGUGGUAAAUCCUACUACCGAAAGUCCACUCUCAUUACACACCAGAGAACACACACAGGGGAGAAGCCCUAUCAGUGUAGUGAGUGUGGGAAAUUCUUCUCUCGGGUGUCAUACCUCACCAUACACUAUAGGAGCCAUUUAGAAGAGAAACCAUAUGAGUGUACAGAAUGUGGGAAAACCUUCAAUCUAAACUCAGCUUUCAUUAGGCACCGAAAGGUACAUACAGAAGAGCGAGUCCAUGAGUGUAGUGAAUGUGGGAAGUUCUCCCAGCUGCAGUAUCUUCCUGAUCACACAAAUGACUUAGGAGAGAAACAAUAUGAAUGUAAUGAGUGUGGGAAAACCUUCCUUGAAAAUUCAGCCUUCAGCGGGCACCAGUCCAUUCCAGAAGGGGAAAAAACUUAUGACUGUAAUAUUUGUGGAAAGUCAUUCUCAGAUUUGUCAUGCUACACUGUACAUUACAGAGGUCAUUCAGAAGAUAAACCCUUUGGGUGUAAUGAGUGUGGGAAAACCUUCUCUCAUAAUUCAUCCCUCUUUAGACAUCAGAGAGUACACACAGGCGAGAAGCCAUAUGAAUGUUAUGAAUGUGGGAAAUUUUUCUCUCAGAAGUCAUAUCUCACUAUUCAUCACCGGAUUCAUUCAGGAGAGAAACCCUAUGAAUGUAGCAAGUGUGGGAAAGUCUUCUCUCGGAUGUCAAACCUCACUGUACACUAUAGAAGCCAUUCAGGAGAGAAACCCUAUGAAUGUAAUGAGUGUGGGAAAGUCUUUUCUCAGAAGUCAUACCUCACUGUACAUUACCGGACUCAUUCAGGAGAGAAACCUUAUGAAUGUAAUGAGUGUGGGAAAAAGUUCCACCACAGAUCAGCCUUUAAUAGCCACCAGAGAAUUCAUAAGAGAGGGAAUAUAAAUGUACUAAGUGUAGAAAAUCUCUGACAUCUCAAUUAAACAUUUGGUUAUAAUGAACAUUGGAAGUCUAUUAGGGAGACAAGGGUGGGUCCCCCCCACCCCCGAUUUUUACAUUUGUGGUGCUGGGAAUUGAAUGCAGGGCCUUUUGCAUGCUAUCGAUGCUCUACACAGAGCUUCACCCCAAUGACUCACAAGUAGAGCAUCCAUGCUCUGAACAAGAAGUCCUAAAAUCCAUUUUAAACUGAGUUUUCAGAGAAGAAUCUGUAAAAGUACAGCAAGAAGCGAACCAUGAUCAUGUAACUCAUGGGACAUUAGAUAAUUUUUACAGGAAUGAAACUUUCAAAGUAUUUAAUAUUUAUUUUUGAUUUAAAUUGUAUUUACCUAUCAGGGAGUCUUGCUAAGAAUUGUCAAUAAGGCACUAUGUAACACACUUUGAAAACUUGUGCUAAAAGCCAUAAUCCUGAUGUAAAAACAGGUGUUUAUAGAAAAUAUGCAGGAAGUUAUGUGUUCUGAAUAAACUUACAAAAGGAAGUUAUAAAGUCGGAGUUGAUCAUAAGGGUGACUAAGUACUCUAAAACACUCUGAUGUUUUAGAAAUGCAAUUUAUUAGUAAUUCUAUGCAAUUUUUGGCUACCAUGGCUUUGAAUAAUUUGUGAAAACAUGAUAUUGAGUAUCAGAAUGACAAAGUGUUACAAUGGUGAAAUAUGUUAUAUAAUAGGAAAGUACAUAAUUUUUUUCUGUGAAUGCUUACCAGUAGAGUGGUUUUGUAAAAAUUUUUCAACUGAAAUUGAGCAAAAUUUCUUAAAAAUACUAUUUUGAUAAA